AUGUUGUUGAUGAAGGCAACCGCAAGCAUUCCUUCCAGAACCAUUUCUGGAUACGCAUCCAUCAGAUACGCCAUGGCAGUGUCUCCGGCCGUAGCAAACCCAAAUCCUAUGAAUCCAAGCCCAAUUGUGUAUGUGAUCUUCCAGCUCCACUCUUUCUCGGUGCCGAUACCAAAGAUCAGCAGUCCCAGUGGCGACAGAAUGGCAGCAGGAAACACAAACCAGAGUCUGAACUCUGCCUCUUGGAUUCCGCCGUUUCUCUUGGCCUUCCAGAUGACAAACCAAUCAGAAAAAUAUCCGGCGUAG